UUUUGUGUUUCAAAUUAUUAUGAUAACAUUAUAGGUAUUCUCGGGCCACGACUACCUUGACUUCAGUAUAGAAUAUAAUGUAAAUAUAAUUAAUCAACAGGCGCUUUUUAAACGUAUUCCGGUUUUUGUACUUUGUCUUAGGUUAUUUUCAUUAAUAAAAUUAAUAAUAAUUUAUAAUACUACUUUUUCUUAUUUUAUACAUGCGCUCUGCACUAUUUUUAAUUAGGUGUACAUUAAAUUUGAUCGUUAUUAAAUUUAGUGCAUAAUAAUGUACUUUUUGAAGAAAAUACCUAGAUAAAAUACCGAUCAAAGGUCAACUGCUUGGAUAUAUACCUACUUACAACAUUGGUACAAUGGCUUAGAUGUUCUGUUCCUCACACACCUGGACAUGUCUUGGAUACGUGACAACUCAAUGACAUGGAUGCAACGUUUUUGCGCCCAAGUGCUAACGUAUGGAGAAAUACCGAAACAUGUAGCAUUUAUAAUGGACGGUAAUAGACGUUAUGCUAAGAAGAAUUGUGUUGCCAAGCAAGAAGGCCAUGUACGAGGGUUUGACAAAUUAGCUGAAACAUUGCAAUGGUGCUUGCAUUUAGGUAUAAAAGAAGUUACUGUGUACGCUUUCAGUUUAGAUAACUUCAAGCGAACACAAGAAGAAAUCGAUGCAUUGUUUGAUCUUGCAAGAGAAAAAUUUAAAAGACUUUUGGAAGAAAAAGAUAAGUUGAAUGAGCAUGGUGUGUGUAUUAAUGUUAUUGGGAACAUCAAAAAGCUACCAGAUGAUUUGGUUAAGUUAAUAGCAGAGUCAAUGCUUAUAACAAAACAAAACAACAAGACAUAUUUAAAUGUUGCAUUUUCUUAUACUGGACAUGAUGAAUUAACAAAUGCAUUCAAUCAAAUAUCUAAUGGUAUUAAAAAUAAUGAUUUGGAGGAAUCAGAUUUAUCAGUUGAAAUUUUAGAUAAUUGUAUGUACACCUAUCCGUCCCCGCCACCUGAUUUAUUAAUACGCACAUCGGGUGAGACUAGACUGAGUGAUUUCAUGUUAUGGCAGUGUUCUUACAGCUACAUUUAUUUUACAUCAGUCUUAUGGCCCGAAUUUACUGCGUGGGACUUUAUGAUUGCUAUUUUCAUGUACCAAAGAAAUGUUAGAGCAUUUCUACGUUAUAAAUUACCAACUAAAAGAUUGAGUUCAAAAGCUGAAAAGUUUGUUGAAAAUGUACAACAGAACCGGUUAAAUAGUCUUUAUACAAUUGCGUGAUAAUAUUAUUAUUGUUUUUUUUUUAAUUUAUAAAAUUUUAAUUUAUUUACAUAAUAAUUAUAUAUGUACGUAUUUAUUA